AUGUCAUCAGUGUUGGUGGGUUACACAGAUGCAACUGCAAAUGCAGCCCAAGCAACUUCACUGAUAAACAACAGUAAAUAUCGGGCUUAUGUCGCGGCAGUGGAUAAAGCAUUGAAAGCUUUUGAAGCUACCAAUGAAUGGGCAGACUUGAUCUCAGCUCUCGCAAAACUUAGCCGGGUAUUUCAUGCAAACGCAAAAUUUGGUGAUAUACCGAAGCCAGUGACUGUGGCAAAGCGUCUUUCGCAAUGCCUGCAUCCGGCCCUGCCUCAUGGUGUACAUCUGAAAGCACUGGAAACUUAUCGACAGCUCUUCGAUAUCCUUGGGCGGAAGGAUCUUCCACGUUUGCUGUAUCUUUUUGCUGUUGGACUUUUCCCGCUGAUGGAUCACUGUGGAAUAAAGGUGAAAUCAGAAUUGUUAAAUAUAUUUGAACAAUAUUUCCUUCCUCUGGGUGUUGAACUGAAACCAGCACUUCCUGGUUUUAUUGCUGGUGUCUUAUUGGGUCUCGAGGAAGGAACGGAGUUCUAUGAUAGAUCAUUUUCGCUUUUGGAUCGAGUACAGGAAAGCGUUGGUUCGGAAGCGUAUUUUGCAUGUCUUUGGGAAGCAGUCCUUGGUUCACCAUCUGUUCGUCUCCCAGCAUUGAUGUAUGUAAAUGCAAAAUUUAACCGUCGAAAAAGUAUGCACGAUCAGGAGUUUAUCAUGGGAAAUAACAUCGAUCAUAUGAUAGGAGCUCUUUGCGCAGCAGCAGAUGAUGGUGGGUCAACACUUGUUCAACGUCACUUAUUGGAUUUUUUAUCCUCUGCUUUUCCACUGAAUUCCGAUCAUCUCGUAAGGGAAGAUUUUGUUCAGCUUCUCAGACGUUGUCUCUUUCUGGUACUUCGCCGGGAUAUGAGCUUGAAUAGGCGUUUAUAUCAGUGGUUGUUAAAUCGUGUUGGUGAUUCAGCUGUUACUGGGUUGCCCGUUGCUGGGGUGGAUGAACAGCUUGACACUACUUUUUUCAUCACUUAUGCUCUGCCGAUUGCGAGGAAAGCAGUCGAAGAAUAUUUAAAAUUGGAUACAGUUCAAGUAACUAGUGGUCUUGCUUGCUGGGACGGCACGAAGGAACAUCAAAUGCAAUAUACAGAAGUACGCGUUGCACGUUUGCUAUUAUACUUUAUGGAUCGACCUGAAUUAGGCUCUCUUUUUCUUGAAGAAACAUUACUGAUUGUAUUGGAAGCAGCUGCCAAGAAUGAUAUACGUUUGGAAUCAGUUUUAGCCAAGAAUGAAGAAAUAUUAAGUAGAACAAAAAGGUUAUCAACUUCAUUAGAAACGAUUGAUGAGCAAAAUCGACGGUUUAGUGUUACAAGUAAAUCCUCUGUCAGUUCCCGACAAUCACGAUUAAGCAUUCUGUCAAUACCGGAAGAGACUUCAGCCGAGAAGAUUAAACGACUGGAAGAGUUCGGAAAGACAAUAAACCUGUUGAUGAAUUCGCUUGAUGUUGGAUUUAUUUGGAAUUUUCUUGAACGAAAACUGAAAUCGUUAAUACAGCAAAAGCAAGAAGAACAGCAAAAUGGUACAAUAGAUCCACAUUUGUUGACAAAUGAAGUAAAAAUGUUAAAAGAAGAAGAAGAACGAAGGACGACCCAUGAAUUGGCAAACUUUCCACAGAUAGUAUUAUUUUGCCUGAAUACGAUAGAACUAGAUUCUCAUGGUGAUAUUCGAGAACGGUACCUACCGCAAUUAUUGUCAUCGAUCCUCACAACUGUGGCUGAAAAGAAUGUUGCAUCGAUAGACGGCCAACUACUUGUUCGACUGCUAAUUGUUUCAAAAGCAAUUCUAAAUGAAGUUAAUCAAAGUGCUGUUGUCAUGGAAGCUGGAGUCGUGACACGGAAACGUGGCGAGGUAUACGAGAUAGUACGUUACAAUGAACUUGAUUCAGUGGAUAAACCACCCACACAAGGAGGCGCAAUUAAAGAACAGUGGAGAGUAGAGAAUGGUUUAAGUAGUUGUCAGCGAGUUCUUGCACAGAUCUGUGAUUGGUAUUGCAAAGAGCGAGAUAUAGAACGGCUGCAAGCAUUUUAUGCCACUUCAACUUUGACACGAGAAUUUGCCGAUUUUCCUCUUUAUGAUUUAGGUGCACAGGAAAUCAAGAAUGCGGGAUAUCUUAAACGACAUGUAUCAAGUAAUUAUCCAAUUUGGUUAAGCGCUUUAUUGAGCAUAUUAUCACUGGACGAAUGGGAUGCCUCCAUAAAUUCUAAUGAUCAUCAUGCUCUUGAAAUCCGAGUAACCGAUAUGUUUGCUCGUGCAAAUGCUUUGGAUUUAAUAACUUAUAUCUAUGUUAGGAGUAUUUCGGUUGCAGAACAACAUGCCGCUAUGUUGCGGCGUCAUAAGAGAGAAAAUGCGCUCCAUCAACACGCAAAUGUGGAUCCUUUGGACGGUAAAGAAAAGACAACUAUACUAUUGAAACCAUUGAUCUCUGAAGCGGACUUGAAACGUUUGGAUAAUGAUGAAAUUUUCAAGAAAGCUUCUAAGAUUCUUUGGUUAUAUCUCGGCCGAAGCGACAAAGCAUAUUAUCAUUCGACAGUUGCUCGACUACUUUGCUUAUUUCAUUCACGGAAGCCUUCUGAACCGAGUAGUGAUGUGGAGGAUUUGAUUGUUAGCGAUCUUACGAGCAUAAAUAAGGAGCUGAGUUGCUCUGCUGCUAAAAAAUUUCGAACUUUAUGGAUGUUAAAUCGACCUUCUGCAGCCGAGGAACUCUAUCUUGGGUUAUCAUCUAAGCCGUUCAACAGGGUUGUCAUGCUCUUAUUGGGUUUUUUGUCUGACGAUACUAUUGGUUAUGAUAAAGCAGAAUUGAAAAUUAUUUCGACCUGUUGGUUCAAUGAUUGUGCUCAGCAUUCGGAUUUGCCAUAUAUCCUACAGAUGAUGACUACUAUGCUUCUGAACCCGAGUACCUCACGUGCUUCAAUUCAGUAUCUUAACAUGCAUGCCAGAAUAAAUAAAGAAAAGUUUCCACACAUGCCAUCUGGUAUUUGUGCCAUCACAUUGUUAACAGAUGGUGGUCAUCAAUCAUUACAUCAUUUAUGCGAAGAUGUUUCGGCAGUAGGUUCAAAUGAAGCUAAACGACAUUUGGCCGAAGCUUCGACAGCGUUUGAGAGAUUAAGGAUCGGAGAAUACCCAGUUUGGUUGACUGAAUUACGAAAUCGUUUGUUGCAAGGAGGCGACGACACUGGUACAAUGGACUUGAAUGUAACAAGCGAAGCGCAAAAGACUCAUCGCAGAACUAUAUCGGAUAUACCAAUGUUUGAUGAUGAUAAUGAUUCUAUUGAAACGGCAUCAAUAGAUUCCUUGGAUCACGAAGUAGUAGAAACCCUGCAGUAUAUCCUUGAUUGUAUUUGUGCUCAAGAAGAAAGUGAAAUGGAAGUACAAGCUUAUUUUGCCGGUGAACGAUUAUGUUCUCAUGUCCAAAUGACACUGAUCAGUUGUGCACAUGAGAGCGAAAUCAGCGAAAAAGAAGGAUUAACCGGGGCAGUAGAAAGUGCACCACAAAAGAGAGCAGCAGAAUCGCAAUCAUCUACUGUAUGUUCAUCGUGGAAAUCUGCCGAGAAUGGUCCAUCAAUUUCUGAGAACUUUAAACGCUUUAGAGGUCAUCGAAGGCAGGAUUCAUUGCAAGAAAGCAUAUUUACGAUGUCCGCACAAGAGCUCAAAUUGUUCGAUACAUCGGAACUUCCUCGAUUGGAAGCAACUGGAGAUGAAGUGCAACCAUUGUGCCAUGAGUUACAUGCACAUAUGUUGUUGUAUGCAGAGAGUGGCCAAACAGUGGAUUUAGCGCGUUCUGAAAAAGUAUUCCGAAUGUUAAUUGCACUGAUGCGAACAAAGCUUAGCUUUCUAACUCCCAGGCUUAUUAUUAGUUGUAUGGUUUCAUCUGGAACUGCUUCAUUUCCGAAAUCUUCAUCAAGUGCUACAUCUGAGCAAUUGAUGGACCUUGUGUCACGUCAUAUUCGUUCCAUAUUAGGGCAGGAUUUUUGGGCUUCUGAGUCGGAUAAUGCGAAUGGAACCGACACACUGAAAUAUAAACAUUACACUUUUCUCGAACUUUUUAUGACUAUUUCUUUACAUUUCCUUCGAUCAUAUUUUGUCAAUUCUCCCACUGCUAAUGUUUCUAGUCUUGAUUUACGCAAUGCGUGGAAAUGUAAGAUGGCAGUUUUGGAUUUUCUCACUGAAUUAGUGCGCGAAUUAAUUGCGAUGAUCCAAGAGAAUCAGUCUCGGGCUUUAACUAUUUCCAUCCAUGGCCUGUUGCAACGUUCAAAGCUUCAGAAAUGCUUGUUGCAUUCCCUCCUAACUUCUGUUCAUAAUGUUCGACAACAUAAUAACGCCGAAAUAGUUCCAUUAUCAGUGGAUAUAUUGGAAUUCAAUGAUGGCACUACAACCUCCAACAGUAAUUUCUCUGAUUUGAUUGUUGGUUAUCAAAGUUCACUGCUAGAUUUAACUGCCGCCGUAAUACAGCUGGAACUGGUGAUCAAGAAUGGAUUUCAAAAUUUCACUGAUCAAAAUAAUAGUGGUAUAGAUAAGUUGACGAUAAAUCAUCAAAUUUAUAAUUCACCGCAACAUCGUGCAACGCUUCGUGAACCAUAUGUUGGCAUGGUUGAACUGCGUAUGUUCCUGUUAACUGUCUUGAAUGCUCUCAAGAAACAUUCAGCUGAACAGGAACAGUGGCUUACAUUUGUCGUACGAAUACUUCCAUUUCUUGAUAGAUCGUUGUCUACAUUUUCGGUGCAUAUUAUCGAGCAACUAUGUAAAAGUCUGGAAUCUGCCAUAAGCGCCGCAUAUUUUCCUAUUAAUGAUGAAAUGCACAAUAUUACAUCGACUGAAUCAAUUCCUGUUCAUUCUAUAGGCAUCAAUCAGGACAAGCCAACCUAUCCGACCAAUUAUGCUAUCGGAAUAUUGGAAACAUUGAAUAUGUUCUUUCAUUAUUGCCUUAUCGAUAAUACAUCUCAAACCGGUGCUAGUUUAACACUGGCCAAUGUCCAUCAACCCUCACAGGUCGUAACAGUUAGCAAUCCGUCGCUGGCAUCUUCAGUAAUGAAUGCGAUACCAGGCACACGAGGCGCUACAGAGCUUAUUUCCAACCUUGUUAAAGUUUUUUCCUUCAGCGACAGUACUAAUGGGUCAUCGAGUGCGGCGCUCAGUAAAUUUACUGAUCUCACGGCUGAUGAUGUUUGGAGGCAAGCGCGAUCUGAUGUACUUAACGCUUUUCCACAUGCUCUUGCGACGCUUUGUGAUGUUUGGACACAAUUGCGAAAAGGAGAACCGAAUCUUCCGAUUGGAAAUCCUGUGAUAAUCCGCCAAUUAAUUCUUGAUUUGCUUUCACCAAUAGUGCAACAUCAUCAGCAUGCAUUUUUAUCAUCACUUGCAUUGGUAUGGAUGACCCGAAGUUCAUUAACAUCACAGAAACAACUUACUACACGUACUGAAUCUGAUCAGUCGUCAUUUGAUUAUUCACCGGCACAGCUCGAUAUUGCCGAUCUUCUGCUGAGUAUCAAAAUUCUUCCAUUCGAAAAUCUUAUUUCUACGGUUGCUGAAGCACUGAAAGAAAGCGCGUGGAAAGUCGUAAAAUCGGGUGCAGCUGUAGAAAAAAAUUGGUUACAGCAAAGUGCUUUCCCAAUCGAACUUGCGCUGCUGGAAAUGCUUCAUGGUUGUGUGAGGGCUACACCAUCCACUGCUCUAUACAAUUGUUGGCCUUCAUUGCAAGCAUUGUUUAUGGAAUCUCCGAUUAUGUCGCUACCGCCGAAGGCUGUUUUCAUUCAAUUCAUUAUACUUGUGGAUUUCGUACAACUCGCUACAAGUUCAGCUGUUGUUGAAGACAAACAGUUAUCACGAGCUGCUCAGGAUGCAUGUCAGAGACUUACGGAAGCUAUGAAUAUUAUUGUUGGUUGGCAGCUAGAACAAACUACCUGGUUGAAGCGGACAUUGGUUGUCAAACAUGAUUCAUCUGCGCAAAAGUCGCAGGAAACAUCGCCAGUGGUGGAGUUCUCCACUGCGCCAACGUCACUAGCUGCUUCGGAAAAUAAUUCUUUACGUGGUUCCACAUCAUCUUUGGUACCGUCGAGGAUUCCUACCUUCGACACAGCUACGCAGAUAUCAGUACCAUCUCAAGGUGCAUCAAACUCAGCAGCUGACAGGCGGAGUAUAUCAAACAUCAAGUAUGAAAGAUCAAAUGUGAAAGAUCCAAAUAGCUUGAAACGCGAUCCGACUCACAGUACUCAAGCUUUAUUCUUGCUUGCUGAGCAUUUAGCCGAACUGAUUGAUUCGAUAUGUAAGAGUGAAGAUAAAGAGAGAUUGUUGCCAUUGCUUCAUGCUGUUUGGAGUAAUACGUUGCCAUAUUUAAAAGCCAAGAAUGCUCGAAAUGCUCGAUUCUUCCUUGCUAGUUCGCAAUUGCUAGCAUCGAUGAGUACCUUCAACUAUAUGCGACCGGUGUGGCGUAAAGCUACUUUGGAUCUUCUGCUUGAUCCAGCAUUCUUCAAAAUGGAUAUGCAAUCCUUGAAACAUUGGUUGGUUAUAACGGAUCAUUUGAUGACUCACGACAAAACAUCUUUCAAAGAACUGCUUGGAAGGAUUUCAACAGCGCAAAAUUCUGCACUUUCAAGUCUGAUAACUAGCAAAGAAGUCGAGUAUGAAAUGCGCGCCCAGGCACUCAAACGUUUAGCAUUUAUAGUGCUAAGUUCGGAACUUGGGCAGUAUCAAGCUCAACUGCCUGAUAUACAAGAACGUUUAUCCGACAAUUUACGUUUAUCACAAGUUCCACUUGUUCAUGCCCAAGUAUUUCUUUGCUAUCGAGUUUUGCUUAUCAGACAGAAACCACAGCAUAUUGUCAGCAUGUGGCCUUCGAUGGUUACAGAACUGGUACAUGUAUUGUUACAAAUUGAGCAACAGUUAUCAGGUAUAACAAAUGUUUCGGAUGAUUUAAAAUGUGAUCGUAAUGAUCAAUGGAUGCAGUUGUAUCUUGCAGCGUGUAAACUACUUGAAACAUUAUGUACACUUCCUGCUGGUUAUUUAUCACAAUUUCAAAUGUGUCAUUGGGCGUUUGUAAAUUCGGUGGCAGUAAGUAAUAUCGGUUCAUUCGUGCCAUUUGCGAGUCGUAUCGACUGUUUGCUUCGUCAUAAAUACGGUCAGUUAUCGGCUCAUGGUCGGAAAUUUAUGUCUGCAUCACUGGUUAAUGUUAAAACGCUUACAAGCUUUAGUGAGUUGCGCUCUUUCUUCUUGGCUCUGGCGACCCAAAAUGAAAUGCGUGCUUUGACGAUGCAAUUUUCCUUUGAUAAGGAGGAUCAGCUUCGAGAUGCUCAUUAUCUCAAUGGUUCAUUAUCUUACAAAGCUGCAAUUAAUCGACUGGAACACGCACUAUAUGUUGAUUUUGCGGAGCAUUGGCAGUUAUAA